AUGUCCUCCAAACCUUCUACGGAAACCCAGGGCAAUAGUCCUGGCCAGAAUUCAGGUUCGAAUUCUCUCUCGAACGGCAAAGACACGCCCGCACCGAAUACCGAAGUUGAGAUGAAAGGCUUGCGACCCGAUGGAACAAAGGGCUCAGUUCCCCUGGCGGAAGAUAUCAUGCAGCUGGCUCGUAUGGGGGAGAUUGGUGCGAUGCAGAGCCUGUUCACAGCCAAGAAAUUCACCGCGAACCAUCGGGAUGAGGAAGGGAUUACUCCGUUGCAUUGGGCCGCGAUCAACAAUCAAUAUGCUAUGUGCAGGUUUCUCGUGGACUCGGGAGCCGACGUAAACGCCAAGGGAGGAGAGUCGGUAGCCACGCCGGCGAUGUGGGCUGCUCAACGGUGCCACUACUAUAUCGUCCAUCUCCUACUCCAGCGCGGUGCGGAUCCGCUCCUGACCGAUGUGCAAGGAUACAACAUCCUCCACCUCGCGACGAUCGAUGGCAAUGCAUUCCUUCUCACCCUACUGCUGCACCAGGAGAUCCCGGUGGAUACGGUUGACCAGCAAGGCCACACGGGUCUGAUGUGGGCAGCCUAUAAGGGAUAUCCGGUCUGUGUGGACCUGUUUCUGCGCUGGGGUGCCAAUGCAAAUGCGGUGGACGAAGGUGGGUUGUCGCCGCUUCAUUGGGCGCUUGUCAAGGGGUCAUUGCCAUGUGUCUUGAAAUUGCUCGAGUAUGGCGCGGACCGGUUUACAAAGACGAGGGACGGCAAGUCCCCGACGAUGGUGGCGCAGGAAAUGAACACGCUACGGAUUUGGUAUCGCGCGCUCAAUGAGCGUGGGUAUGAACCAGACGGUAGCCAGAAGGUCAUGUCCUACGGUCUGUCGGCAUACGUGCGCAACAAGAGUGUCAUGGCCAAGUUCUUCUUCCUCUGGCCUUUCCUGACAGUUCUGCUUGCUAUCUGGAUCUUGAGCAACACGGUCAUCUUCUUCGGUAUUCCAUUGGUGCUCGUGGCGCUGUUCGGUAUGCAGUGGACUGCACAGCAGUUUGCCAACCGUGGGCCAUCUGAAUAUCGAAUUCUUCAAAAGACGCCGUAUUUGGCCGGUGUGUUUGCAGGGUCCUUGUUCUGGGUUGGCGUUCGUUAUGCCUUCAAUGUGCUGCCAGGUCGGUGGACCUAUAACUCGUCACCGGUCCUCAACAUCUUGUUUGCGGUCUUCUUUUGCCUGACGACGUAUUUCUACAUCUAUGCCAUGGUUGAAGAUCCCGGGUACGUUCCGAAACUCAGCAGUCGGAACCAGCAGAGAGAAGUCGUCAACCAGCUUUUCGAGCAGUGGAGAUUCGAUGAAGAGAAUUUCUGCAUCCCCUGCAUGACAAGGAAGCCACUCCGGAGCAAGCACUGCCGGCGUUGCGGCCGUUGUGUUGCAAAACACGACCACCAUUGUCCCUGGAUUGACAACUGUGUCGGGGCGAACAACAUCCGCCACUUUGUGCUCUAUAUUCUGUGUCUCGAAGUUGGCAUCAUCUUGUUUGUGCAGUUAACCAUCCGCUAUAUCAAUAACCUCCCAGCACUCAAGAAUGCUCAGUGCAACAUCAUCAAUGACACGCUGUGUGACUAUGUGUCUCGCGACACUUUCACCUUGACCCUUAACAUUUGGAUUACGCUGCAGUUAGUCUGGGUGACGAUGCUUUGCGCGGUUCAGCUGGUCCAGAUUUCCCGCAACCAGACGACGUACGAGAAUAUGCGCGGCCAUUCGAUCGACCGAUCAUACCCGAGCACUCAAGCCUUCGCAUCGGCCAUGACCGCGGGGACAACUUCGAUGGAUGCUGCCGGUCUUUCGGCUGCCGGGCAGGGACCCAACCCAGCCGCUGCGCGCCCAGAUGCCCCUCGGCGGAGACAUGGAUGUCUUCAACAGUGGUCAUCACUUCUGGGUAUCGAUACUUUCUUCGCCACCGCCCGGGACGGACUCCGCGAUGGGCCGCGUGCCGUGCGGUCCCGAAACGUCUUCUCUCGUGGUGUGAUGAGCAAUUGUCGUGACUUCUGGUGCGAUCCGGCCCCGUACUUUGGAAAACGUGAGACUGGCUCUGCCAUGCUCGGGGGCGAAGUGGUGAACUAUCAUGACAUGUACGAGAUUCCGCUGCGCAUGCGUACUGGGGGCGGUCGCUCUGGCGACGGGCCGGCUUACCGAAGUGUUGCGGGCGAAGAUCCCGAACACAUGGUUUGA